CGUUCUUGUGUUUUGACAAGGCUCGGUGUAAUCGACGUGUCAGGCUGACGUAGAGACCAAGCUUCUUUGCUUCUACCAACAACACCGAUGGCUUCACUCUCGGAGGCAGGUGCCUCUCGCCAGAGUCUGCCGAGACCUCAAUAUCUGCAUUUUUCGCAGCCGAACUCUUCAGGAGUGUCCGUGUCAAGCCGCCAGAGCAGGCGCCUGGACAAAGCCAACUUCGAUGAAGCACUGAGGCACAGAACGAUGGCAAAGUUCCUUUAUGGAAAAGGUGUUGCCAAUGGUUGGUUCGAUAUCAACCUGCCAAAAAGGCCACUCGGUGUCCUCCUGCGUCAAUCCAAUGGCACCUACAGCGUCGAGCCCGACCUCCCGGAAACGUCGGUUCGUACGGUUGCAAAACUUGGCGUUCAGGCAGCUUUUGCCAUUGCUACGGAUUGCACAGAGGCCAUCUUCGAUGUCAUUGGUGACGAAGAUCAUGGAAUCAUGCUUGGUGAUGGCCUGGAGCUCCAAGUCGUCGACUGCAUGGCCAACCUCAUGCGAAUUGGGCUUGCUCAGGCACGAAGAUUUCCCUACGCGGCAUUGAUCAGAAGCGAGAGAAUUCUUCUAGUCUGGCAUGACGAAGUUGACAAGGUGUUGCAACAAGCGGUCGCCACGGAAGAGGAAUUGAUGAAAUUAAGCUUUGACUGCGAGUUCUCUAAGCGUGUGGGACAAAUCGAAGAGGGAGAGAUUCACAACCGAAAACAAGAGCUCGAAAAAGAAUCCCUCGACCGCCCAGUGAACCUCUAUGGCGCUAUCAUCAUGGCUUGUUCGAUAUUCUUCCUGGUCUUCCUCAUAUUCGGUUACACGACAUCUCAUCUCGUCCUCGAGAUGCUGACAGACGGCGAUCGCAUGCGAUUCGUCUGGAUUGCCUUCGAGCCACUAACCCUAAUCGUGGCUAUGUUCUUCUCUCUGUCUCUGAUGACUUAUGCCUUCCAGCUUUUUGGACCCAUCACUGCCCUUUUCACCAACACACGAUUCUUCUCAAGCAACAAACCAAACCUCAAGCAAGCGUAUGAUCAAGGAUUUACUCCUCCACGAGUCACAAUACAAAUGGCUGUUUACAAGGAGUCACUGGAGCUGGUCGUUAUCCCAACGGUCCGAAGUCUGAUGGCUGCAGUCUCAGACUAUGAGUUGAAAGGAGGAAAGGCCAAUAUUUUCAUCACGGAUGAUGGCCUCGGAUACCUCCUUCAUAGCGACCCUGCUGCCGCACAAGCUCGUAUCGAAUGGUACGAAGCCAACAACAUUGGCUGGGUAGCCCGACCAAUGAACGGCGAGAACGGAUACUUUCGUACCGGGCGAUUCAAGAAAGCCUCAAAUGCGAACUUCUGCAUGAAUUUUGCCAACAGGGUCGAACAAACUCUCAUAAGACUCGUGCAUGCCCACAGCCAAGUCAGAGAUGGAAGCCGAGUCUUCAUCGACCCGGCGGAAGAGGACGUUCUCUAUCACCAAGCUUUGACCGAAGAACUGGCUAAGGAUAGUCGAGUCAAAGCCGCUGGAAACAUCCGUAUCGGUGAAGUCAUCCUGAUGUGUGAUUCCGAUACUCGGGUUCCCCGCGACUCUUUGAUCAAUGGUGCGGCAGAAAUGUUCCUCUCGCCAGAAGUUGCUAUCGUGCAGCACCACACUAGUGUGUACCAGGUUUCCGGCGAUUUCUUCGAGAACGGUGCUGCUUAUUUUGCCAAAAUGUGUUAUGCGCAGAUUCGUUUCCAGGUCAGCAAUGGUGAAUGCGCCCCAUUCGUCGGCCACAACGCUUUCGUGCGCUGGAAAGCGCUCCAAGACGUCGCAAUAGAUACGGGUGAUCCUUUGAACCACCUUAUGUACUGGUCUGAGUAUCAUAUCUCCGAAGAUUUCAACAUGAGCAUUCGACUUCAAAGCGCCAACUGGGUCACUCGAUACGCUUCCUAUCAUCAAGACGAGUUCAAGGAGCAAGUCUCUCUUACGAUAUACGAUGAAAUCAGUCGAUGGGAAAGAUACUCUUACGGCGACAGUGAACUCUUGUUCAAUCCCAUUUGGACUUGGCUCUGGAAAUCACCAUUCACUCGGCUAUUCAGGAAAUUUUUGUUUUGCGAUAUGCAUUGGUCUUCGAAGCUCAGUAUUAUAUCAUACAUGACUUCAUAUUAUGCCAUCGGUAGUGGCUUCUUCUACACUAUUGCCAACUAUGUUCUGGUCGGCCUUUACUGGAAUGAACUGGACAAAUUUUACACCUCCUCAUGGUCCAUCUUUCUCUCCGUGGUCCUGGUGUUCUGGAUCCUCAGCAACAUCGCCCUAGCCAUUAUGCGAUUCCGCAUCGGCGAACGAUCAUUCUUUGGUUCGCUCUGGGAAAAUUUCAGGUGGCAGCCGAUGUACUGCUUCUACUUCUAUGGCCUCAGCUUUCACGUCAACAAAGCUUUGAUCGCCCACAUCGUCGGGUACGAAAUGACCUGGGAGAUGACUAAGAAGGAAGUCGAGAAUUCAAACUUCUUUAAGGAAAUUCCUAAGAUCUUGCGUACGUAUGUGAUAAUGUUCCUGUUUAUGAUUGGCCUCGCUGGUGGUGUGAUAUAUAUGGCGUGGUUUGCACCACUGGCAUGGAGGAUUACACAACCUGUGGCGAUCCUACCAAUGGCUCUGAUGAUUGUCUGUCAUUGCAGCUUACCUUUCGUCCUCAAUCCGCAUAUUGUCAGCGCCGUCGAUCAGUAUGCUGUUGACGACAAAAGCAAUAUCGAGAAGGUAUGA